CAUUGUCGUUGAGGGCGUUUUAAUUUUAAUUCAAGAGCCUGCAUCGACAUCAAUGAUAACAAAGUGAGGAAAAAUGCUUCAAGCACAAGGUCUGUUGAAUCCCAGCAAGGAGAACUCGCGCAUCGCUUGCAAGAGAUGCGGCUACACGGGGCACCUGACCUUCCAGUGCCGUAACUUCGUGAGGGUCGACCCGGAGCGUGACGUGACCCUUGACAUCAGUAGCACCAGCAGUGAUGACAGCGAAGAGGAUGAGGCUAUGAUGCCGGCUCUACCACCAAAACCAAAAGAUGAAGAUGCACAUAAAAAGGAUAGAAGUGAAAAGAGGGAACAUAGAAAGAGGAAGAAACAGGAAAGAAGAAGUAAUUCCAAAGCCACAAACUCCUUAGAUGAUGACAGCGAGAGUUCUUCUGAAGACGAAAGGUAUCAUCGCCACAAGAGACGCAAGCACAAGAAAAGAUCGAGACCAGAGACCUCAAGUGAAGAUGAAGAUGCAUCAGAAGACGAAAGACGUAAGCGACACAAGAAGAAAAAGAAACACAAAAAGCACUCGCGGCAGGAAACUAGUUCCAGUGAAGAAGAAGACGGCGAUGAUAGUUCUUCGGAAGACAGUGAGGAGGAGGACAGAAGAAGAAAGCGCAAGAAAGAGUCAAGACACCAUAAGAAGCAUAGAAAAGAGAAAAAACACCAUAAAGACAUGAAGCAUAAAUCAAAGAAGAGACAUACAAGAGAGAGGUAACAGUAACGUUGAGUAGGGUAGCGAAUUGUAGGCCCUACUAUAGAAUUGUGCCAAUGUCGGUAGGAUUUUUUUUUAAUGGAAUCAUAGACAAGGUAAAAAUCGAGUGUCCCGUGUCAUAAAGAUUUGUUAUAAUAAUAUAUUCACCAUUUCUAUAACAAGUUUGCUACUAGCCAAUCAACUUGAAUGAUAUCAAUAGCUUUGAACUGUUAUUGCUUAAACUGUUAUUCCAAAUUUGUUAUAACAAGUUUUAUGAAACAGGGCCCCUUUUCCUGCCUUACGAAAAGUUUUUAUUGAUCUAAUUCCAAUUCCAUUCUUUUUUUUCUUUUUUUUAAUACUUAAUAACCAUAGCAAGAUUUCUGUGAUCAUGCAACCUUUUAAAACCUUGUUCAGAUAUGAAUAAUGUGACGGCUAAUUGCCAAUUAGUCUUUACCCGCUUUGUCUACUUUACAUUUUGGUCUCCUCCCACCUGGGUUCCAUUUCAUUAAGACUUGUUACUAUAACAAAUGCACAAUUGCUAUAACAAAUUUAUGAUCAGCCAAUCAGAUUAAAUGAUUUCAGUAGCUUUUAACUGUUAUUGCAAAUUUGUUAGUCCAAUAAUUUUUAUGAAAACGGACCCCAGAUGUUAUCCUAGUUCGUCAUCUACUAACCAUUUGUUCUAAUUGAUAUUUAAUUUACCAUUUCAUAUAAUUUCCAGUUUAGCUAUUUUAUUAUGUCUAAUAUCCACAUGGUCUAACACCACUAUGUGGUUAGAUGAACUGUUUAUGAACCAAAUUUCCAUUAAAAAAAAUAUAUAUAUAAUAAAUACACAAAGUGCUUAUUAGACUAACUGAGCAUUAGACUAUAUGGCCUGUAUUCUGAAAUCGGGUUUGAUUUAAACUCUGGUUCAAAGUUGUGGUUUAACUAUGGAUAGCCAAUCGUGACAUAAAUCUCUUAACAGUAGAGGUUCAAUGUAUCAGCUAAUUUCACACUCAAAUUAUUCAUAACUGUCUUGGAAUGAUUAAUAAGAUAAUUGUCUUCAGCAUUAAAGAAUUUGAGAAGAGCAUAGUAAACAUAAGAAUCAUGUAAUUUAAAUAAAUUUUGACACAUUUGGAUUUCCAUAACUUUAGCACAAAGUCAGACCAUGGUCUAUUAAAGUUAAACCCAACUCCAGAAUACGGGCCUAUGAGAACAAGACUAAAUGGGUAUUAGACCAAAUGGUAAUUAGAACAAAUUGAUCGAGGAACAAAUGGGUUUAAAUUUGACUAUCUUAGAUUUGUAGACCAUGUAAUUAACUAAUGCUCAAAUGCAAUAUUGAGUUCAUAUUCAGUUGGGAUACGAUGAGAUGAUUUGACGCACUUGUGGUAACAAAAAUAUGCUCCAAGUCUAAAAUCAUCUUUGUUAGUUGUAUCACUUGCAUGGACAUACAGCAAUCCAUGGUUUAAGAAUAUUCUCGACAAUAGGUUGAUGAUCUUGAUGAGAACUAAGAAUUCUUCUUUAAAAAAUAAGAGUUGCAAGCAGGUCGUUGAUGAAGUGAGAAUAAUUCCACAGAAUUUAAUGUGGAAUUCCACAUGGAGGUAAACUCGAUAUCCUUAGAGAUAAAUUUUGGGCUCUAAAUUCAAAGUUCUGAUUCUCCUGAAAAAUCUCCCAGCCUUUUAUAUCAAUUUCCAGUCUUAUAGAAGCUUCCAGUUGUAUGUGAUCAUUUUACUUUUUCUUGAAAAGUCCACUUCUUCAUGUUAUAUAAAAAUCUUGAGUGACCUCAGUGAAAUUAACAAAUUUGAACAACAUACCUUCUCAUUUGUCCUUUUCCUUUCCAGUGAUCACUAUUUUCUACUGAGAUUAACACAAGGUCAAAGUACAUUUCAGAAUAGCUAAAGUUGUACUGCCUCAUUAGAUAUGCUAUUAUUACAUACCAUUGAAUGGAGUGUUUUAAUAAGACUGAAUUGUGACAUCUAGAAUUUGCUUUUCUAUUACUCAUAUCAUAGCACAUGCAUGAAUCAUAUAGUUUUUAUAUCUUUUAUCAUUUAAUGUUUUCGUCAUUUAAAAUACCUUUUGCCAGUUUGUUUCUGUUGAUUUCUUGAUUAUUUCUGAUAUUAUGAUAUGGUUGAAUACUUCAAUGGCACACACACUAGUCAUUUCCCAGACACACAAUUUACUUUGUUUUUAAUAUUCAUUUCUAGAAUAUUAGAACACAAGUAGUUUCAAUUCCAUACUUUAUCCGUAUUAUUUAUUUUGUAAUUAUCUGUGUUAUGGUUUUAACAUUUUUUGUGUCAUUAUUUCCUUGUAAAUACAUCGCAAAUUCGGCUUUAGCUGCGAUGAUGUCUUGAUUUUUAUUAAUAAACCAUUUAUCUAUCAGAACAAUUCUUAACUUAUUUCUUAUAUCAAACUGGCAAUUUCUCAUCUGUAUUUAAUCUCUUGAGUUAUGAACAACCAAAUGAAUAAAGAUAAUUUCUCUUGCAGUUCUUCUUUAUGUAAAUAUUAACAUUCAUCAAUAGCGGAUGAUUUGAUUCUAUUGAGCAGAGCUGCCAACUGAAAUAGUGGAGCAUCGUGUCCCAGUGGAUUAGUCUCCGGACUUUGAAACAGAGGGUCAUGGGUUCAAAUCCCAGCCAUAGCGUGAUUUCCUUCAGCAAGGAAUUCAUCCAGUUUGCUGCACUUGACCCAGGUGAGGUAAAUGGGUACCGGCAGGAAGUAAUUCCUCAAAAAGCUGUGUGCACCUGAAUAGGUAGCCUAGCUUAGCCCGGGUAAUAAUAAGAGCAGGGCCCGCUGGGAGAACAGUUUUCGGAACUGAAGUGGCUACCCUGGGUAAAUAUACCAUUAUUAUCAUUAUAAAUAUUCAUCUUUCAGGGAGAAUUUACUGAAGGAGAAGGGAGAUUUUUCCCACUAACACACAGUCCAAUGAAAGAAAUAAAUGUAUGGAUCAGGGAGAUGUUUAAAAUCUGCAGUUUUUCUCUUGUAAAUUAGUCAAUUUUCAGAGAGCCUUUCACACAAUCUGGGAGACUUGUCAGCCCUGUAUUAAGUAGUGCUGUUUUAAAUGUAACAGGAGAAUUGCAUCACAGGUUGAAUAAUUAUAAAUUACAGUCAUGGAAAUGCAAAUUAGAUUUUGAUAUUGGUUGCUAGGUUGGACAAGCAUGCAUGUAUGUCUGGUCUAUUCUUACACAUAUGAUCAUCCACUUUUCAUUCUGAUGUUUGAAGUACAAUGUGGUAAUAGUACAUGAAGGUCAUUACUUGGUAUACAUGUUGAUGUAUGUGUGCAAAUUUGAAAGCAUUUUGAACAAGACUAAAUAAAGACUUAUCUUUUUAUGAAUA